AUGUCUGGUGCAGUCGAACAGAGACCAGAGGAGCUAGCUCCUCCGCAAUCGGCCGUCGUGGACGAAAAGAAAGACGGUGUGGUCCCAGGUAGUGGUGCAGCAGGCGCCGGUGGCGACGAGAGUGACGACGACGAAGACAUCGACCAGUUGGGCGGCGACGAGGACGGCGAAGAAGGCGACUCGGACGAGGAAGAUGACGAAAAACAUUCCUCGUCGUACAAAGAAGUUCCGGACGAGUACUUGCACACCGACCCGGCCGUCGGGUUGACGGCCUCCGACGCGUCCAAGAGAAAAAAGAAGUUUGGGCUGAACCAGAUGGCCGAGGAGAAGGAGAACCUCGUGCUAAAGUUUUGCAUGUUCUUUAUCGGUCCUAUCCAAUUCGUCAUGGAAGCCGCAGCCAUAUUGGCCUGUGGUUUGGAGGACUGGGUCGAUUUCGGUGUGAUUUGUGGUUUGUUGAUGCUUAACGCUUCUGUCGGAUUCAUCCAGGAGUACCAGGCCGGUUCCAUUGUCGACGAGUUGAAGAAAACCUUGGCCAAUACCGCCACUGUCAUCAGAGACGGCCUGCCAACCGAAGUUCCUGCCAACGAAGUUGUGCCGGGAGACAUCUUGAGGUUGGAAGAUGGUACAGUCAUCCCAGCAGAUGGUAAGCUGGUCUCGGAAGAGUGUUUUCUUCAAGUCGAUCAGUCGGCCAUCACAGGUGAGUCUUUGGCUGUCGACAAGCAUUUUACUGACCCAACCUUCUCUUCCUCCACUGUCAAGAGAGGGGAGGGCCUGAUGAUUGUCACCGCUACCGGUGACAACACCUUUGUUGGUAGGGCUGCCGCCUUGGUCAACAAGGCCUCUGGUGGCCAGGGCCAUUUCACAGAAGUCUUGAACGGUAUCGGUACUUUAUUGUUGGUUUUCGUCAUUAUCACCUUGUUGUUAGUCUGGUGUGCUUGUUUCUACAGAUCUGACCCGAUCGUCAGAAUCUUGAGGUACUCUUUGGCUAUCACCAUCGUUGGUGUCCCGGUCGGUUUGCCAGCCGUGGUCACCACCACCAUGGCUGUCGGAGCUGCCUACUUGGCUAAGAAGCAAGCCAUUGUCCAGAAGUUGUCUGCUAUCGAAUCUUUGGCUGGUGUCGAAAUUUUGUGUUCCGAUAAGACUGGUACCUUGACCAAGAACAAGUUGUCUUUGCAUGAGCCAUACACGGUUGCCGGCGUUGAGCCAGAUGACUUGAUGUUGACAGCUUGUUUGGCUGCUUCCAGAAAGAGAAAAGGUUUAGAUGCCAUUGACAAGUCUUUCUUGAAGUCCUUAAUCAACUAUCCAAAGGCUAGAGCUGCAAUGAAGGAAUACAAGACCUUGGAAUUCCAGCCUUUUGACCCUGUUUCCAAGAAGGUCACUGCCAUCGUUGAAUCUCCAGAAGGUGAAAAGAUUAUUUGUGUUAAGGGUGCCCCAUUGUUCGUUUUGAAGACUGUCGCUGAAGACCACCCUAUUCCAGAAGAUGUUCUAGAAGCCUACCAGAACAAGGUUGAAGAAUUUGCCUCUAGAGGUUUCAGAUCCUUGGGUGUUGCUAGAAAGAGAGGUGAAGGCCACUGGGAAAUCUUGGGUAUCAUGCCAUGUAUGGAUCCCCCAAGAGAUGAUACAGCUUCUACUGUUGCUGAAGCAAGAAGAUUAGGGUUGAAGGUCAAAAUGUUGACCGGUGAUGCUGUUGGUAUUGCGAAGGAAACUUGUAGACAAUUGGGUCUUGGUGAUCAAAUCUUCGAUGCUGAAAGAUUAGGUCUUGGCGGAGGCUCUACAGACAUGGCUGGUUCAGAAUUGGCCGAUUUUGUUGAGAAUGCAGAUGGUUUUGCUGAGGUUUUCCCUCAACAUAAGUACAAUGUUGUUGAAAUUUUACAGAACAGAGGUUAUUUGGUUGCAAUGACUGGUGAUGGUGUCAACGACGCUCCUUCUUUGAAGAAAGCUGAUACUGGUAUUGCAGUUGAAGGUGCUUCUGAUGCCGCAAGAUCUGCAGCAGACAUUGUUUUCCUUGCUCCUGGUUUGUCUGCCAUCAUUGAUGCCUUGAAGACUUCCAGACAAAUUUUCCACAGAAUGUACUCCUACGUUGUUUACCGUAUUGCAUUGUCUUUACAUUUGGAAAUCUUCCUUGGUUUAUGGAUUGCUAUCUUGGAUGAAUCAUUGAAUAUUGACUUGGUUGUCUUCAUUGCCAUUUUUGCCGACGUUGCUACCUUGGCUAUUGCUUACGAUAAUGCUCCUUUCGCUCAAAGACCAGUCAAGUGGAACUUGCCAAGAUUAUGGGGUAUGUCCAUUAUCCUUGGUAUUUUCUUAGCUAUUGGUACCUGGAUUACCUUGACUACCAUGUUCUUGCCAAGGGGUGGUAUUAUCCAGAACUUUGGUUCUAUUGACGGUGUCAUUUUCUUGCAAAUUUCCUUGACUGAAAACUGGUUGAUCUUCAUUACUAGAGCUGUUGGUCCAUUCUGGUCUUCGAUUCCCUCAUGGCAAUUAUCCGGUGCUGUCUUCAUCGUUGAUAUCAUUGCAACCUGUUUCACUUUGUUCGGUUGGUGGUCCCAGAAUUGGAAUGACAUUGUCACCGUUGUCAGAGUUUGGAUUUGGUCUUUUGGUACUUUCUGUGUCUUGGGCGGUGCCUACUAUGCAAUGUCCGAGUCCGAGAAAUUUGACAGAUUAAUGAACGGUAAGUCUAUUAAGAAACCACACAACAACAGAACUUUCGAAGAUUUCGUUGCUACCAUGAAGAGAGUUUCUACUCAACAUGAAAAAUCCAACUAA